UGUGUGCAUGUGUGUGUUUGUCUGUGUUAGAGGAGUGUGUGCAUGUGUGUGUUAGAGUGUGUGUGUGGCUGCAGGUGGGCUGCUGAACAGGUAAACAAAUGGACCUGAGGAAGACCACCAGGAUGCUCAGAGUCUCUCGGGGAGCCCAGGUGAGCCCUGGGCUCCRAGCCGAGUGCUAACCAUGCUGCAGCCGACCGACGCGACCUCCAGCACCUUACAGCUGGUGGCCACCGACAUGACGGGGAUCAUGGAGAAGCUGGACACCAGAGAGCUGGACCUGGGCGGAGACGACUACGACACGAGCAACAGCAGCACGGCGGGAGACCGGCUGCCCUUUGCGAAUGUUUACCACACGGUGGGCUUCAGGGAGGUCGAGGCCCAGGUCUUCCUGUCCUCUCCCAUCACGGCUAAGAUUUUGGAUGUGGAGCGCUACACGGUGGCUCAGGACCGCUUCAGCGUCAGCACCCAGAGGAGCAUGAACAAGUCCAUGCCGGCUCUCUACAAGAUCGAGCUGAAGCACGGGGAGUUCACCUGGACCGUGAAGAAGAAGGAGAAACACUUCAUGGAGCUCCACAGAGAGAUGAGGACCUAUAGGACCCUCAUGAGGCUGCCGCUGCCCUCACGCAGUCACACGGUGAGGAGGAGGAGGACGAUGAUGAGGACMGAGGCCAUGCCCGUUCUCCCUCGAGGAGGAGGAGAGGAGCUGGGCCGAGAGGAGCGGGUUUCCAGCCGCAGGAAACAACUGGAGGAUUACCURAACAAGCUGCUGAAGAUGCAGAUGUACAGGAACCACUACGCCACGAUGGAGUUCAUUGAAGUCAGCCAACUGUCCUUUAUCCACGACCUGGGACCAAAAGGCUUAGAAGGAUGGGUGCUGAAGAGAUCAGGUGGACACCGGAUCCCUGGGAUAAACUGCUUCGGUCACAGCAAGAUAUUCUACCGCUGGUCCAAACGCUGGCUGGUGGUGAAGGACUCGUUCUUGCUCUACAUGAAGCCAGACUCUGGUGCCAUCUCGUUUGUGAUGCUGUUCGACAAAGAGUUCAGCAUCAAGAUGGACUUCAAAGACACAGAUACCAAAUACGGGGUCCGCGUGGACAGCCUGUCCAGGUCAUUGGUGCUGAAGUGCGGCAGCUACAGACACGCUCGCUGGUGGGGUCAGGCCAUCGAAGACUUCGCCAGGAAGCACGGCUCCGCCUUCCUGAAGGACCACCGCUUCUGCUCCUUCGCCAUGGAGCAACAGAACAUCCCSGCCAAAUGGUAUGUAAACGGUAAAACCUACAUGGAGGACGUGGCCGACGCUCUGGAAGAGGCCAAAGAGGAAAUCUUCAUCACGGACUGGUGGUUGAGUCCAGAGAUCUUCCUGAAGAGGCCGGUGGUGGAAGGGAAUCGAUGGCGUCUGGACUGCAUCCUGCGGCGGAAAGCUCAACAAGGUGUUCGGAUCUUUGUGAUGCUCUACAAGGAGGUGGAGCUAGCUCUGGGAAUAAACUCAGGCUACAGCAAGAGGACUCUUCUGAACCUGCACCCCAACAUCCGGGUGAUGCGGCACCCAGACCACGUCUCCUCCACCGUCUACCUGUGGGCGCAUCAUGAGAAGAUCAUCGUGGUCGACCAAUCGGUGGCCUUCGUGGGCGGGAUCGACCUGGCGUACGGACGCUGGGACGAUAAGGAGCACCGCCUCACGGACGUCGGGAGYGUGACGCUCUCUCACCUGGAGCAGGCUGCAGCAGUGUUCCCCACCACUGCCGCUCCUCCAGCUAACGGCAGCGGCGGCCCCUCCUACAGGAGCGGGAACAGCAUCUUCACGGUGACAGACUCGGGGAAAGAGCCSAAGCUGAGGGGCAGGAUGAGGAGGACCAGGUUCAGCAUCAGGAGACACCUGCAGAAACACGGCCUGGUCCACGCCGACAGCGACAGCGACCUGGAGGACGAGCAGCUGAGGAGCAGCUCGGUGCGAAGCCUGCACACCGGGGUGGGAGAGCUGUUUGGAAACACCAGGUUCUGGCAUGGGAAGGACUACUGCAACUUUGUGUACAAAGACUGGAUCCAGCUGGACAAACCGUUUGAUGAUUUCAUCGACAGACACACAAUGCCCAGAAUGCCCUGGCACGACAUCGCCUCGGUGGUCCACGGGCGGGCGGCUCGAGACGUGGCGAGACACUUCAUCCAGCGGUGGAAUUUCACCAAGCUGGUGAAGCUGAAGUAUCGAGGUCUGUCGUUUCCAUGUCUGCUGCCAAAGUCUCACACCACGGCCGGAGAGCAGCGCUACCAAGUUCCCAACUGUGUCAACACCAAAGUGCAGAUUCUUCGCUCUGCCUCAGACUGGUCUGCUGGCAUCAAGAAUCACGAGGAGUCCAUCCACCUGGCCUACGUGAACACCAUCCAGAACAGCAAACACUUCAUCUACAUAGAGAACCAGUUCUUCAUCAGCUGUGCAGACAACAAACACGUCUUCAACAAGAUCGGAGAUGCCAUCGCCUCGCGCAUCAUCCGGGCCCACAGGGAAGGUAAAAAGUACCGUGUUUACGUGGUGACGCCUCUGUUGCCAGGCUUUGAAGGAGACAUCAACACCGGCGGAGGCACCGCCAUCCAGGCCGUCAUGCACUUUAACUACAGAACCAUGAACCGAGGAGAGUACUCCAUCAUCUCCCAGCUGAAGAGAGAAAUGGGAGAUCAGUGGAUGAACUACAUCUCCAUCGCUGGUCUGAGGACUCACGCUGAUCUGGAGGGAAAACUGGUGACCGAGCUCAUCUACGUCCACAGCAAGAUGCUCAUUGCCGACGACAACACUGUCAUUAUUGGCUCGGCCAACAUCAACGACCGCAGCAUGCUGGGGAAGAGGGACAGUGAGGUGGCUGUGAUCGUAGAGGACUGUGAGACGGUGGACUCGAGGAUGGACGGGCAGCCAUACCAGGCGGGAAAAUACGCCCUGCGGCUCCGCCUCGAGUGCUUCAAGAUGAUCCUCGGAGCGUACGCAGACCCGUCCAUCAACAUCUAUGAUCCGAUCAGUGAAUAUUUCUACAAGGAGGUGUGGAUGGUGACCUGCGCUCGGAACGCCUCCAUCUACCAGAAGGUUUUCCGGUGUCUGCCGUCCAGCGACGUGCGGAACCUGUCGGAGCUGGAGGUCUACCUGUCCAAACCUGCGCUGAACCGAGAUGACCCGGCMCGGGCCCACGAGGAGCUGAAGAAGAUCCGAGGCUUCCUGGUCCAGUUCCCUCUUCAGUUCCUUAGCGAGGAGAACCUUCUUCCUCCCCUCGGCUCCAAGGAGGCCAUGGUCCCCAUGGAGGUCUGGACCUGAGGAGUCCAGGCUGGACUUGUCGCAGACACUGAUGCCAUGUUGGAGAUCCAAACCAGGACCAGUACUUUUUGUUUGUCCUGUUUUCUGAAGCGACUUGUGGUUGAACGGGUUAUUUUGCCCUAAGCUGAGACUUGAAGGUGUUUUUAAAUCUCUGGCUGUGAUCAGAUGACGGCAGGAGGUCGGAGAGGUUUGUUCAUAUCAACUGGACCUGACUGAAGAUCUGAACCUGCCUGAGAUCCGGUCUGGGUCAGGAAGACUAGAACCAGAAACACGUCAGGAUUAAAAUCCUGUUGAUCCUAAAGACAGUGAAAUAAGCUCUGAACUCGCUGAAGGAGGUUCUGAUUUGUGCCAAAGAGUCUAGAAGUGACUUCAGCUCAUCUUCCAGCUUUAGAGGAAGACCUGCCUGCAAGACCAAACCCAGGGCUUAACAACACAAAGAAGACACUACAGUCGAACAGGAAGGAUGUAAAGUUUCUGUAAAACAAACGCUUCUUUAAUUAUUCGCUGCUGAUCACAUUCACUCAUCUUCAAGAGGUUUUCACUAAAGCUGAGGGGUUUUUUUGUUCUCGGACCGGACCGGAGCGGAUCGGACCGGAGCAGGAAKGUUCUGGGCCAAUUCAAACAAACAAUUUAAUCAGAAGUUUCCAUCUGAAGCUCGAGUUAAACUUUUAGUAUUUAAACCUUUCUGUUUUCAGGCUGAAACGUGAACUUUCACUGAAUUUUAAGACUUAAGAUUUUAUGUUUAUGUGGAUUUUCUCUGAUCCACCAGGGUCCAAAUGAUCCAGAACCCUGACCCCACCUGGACCUCCGGCUUUUUGCCUCCAUCAACGAGCUUCCUGCAGAAAUUCACUCUUCUKAACCUGUCUGGAUUCUUGAAACAARCCCGGCUUUAAAUCAGAGUCUAAAUUUAUUAAUCAGGUUAAGUUUAGAGCUUCAGGAAACUCGUUCCAGAAGAGGACUUCAGUCUUGUCCGUGUGGACCGCUGCAGGUCUCAGUCCAGUCUGGUGGUCCAGCAGGUUCUUGAGUCUUGGUGGAACCCGGGGGACAGAUGAGUGCCAUCCAACAGAUCCUUAAUGUUGACUGAGACAAUCGACCUGCUGCAGUCAAUCAUGGUCACUAACAGGAAGCUAUUAUGCCUAGUCAAAAUAAAAGAUCUUCAUUUAGAUCAGAGAAAAUUCACAAUAAACUCAAACUUGGUUUUAAAACAUUGUAAAAUCUUCCCACCGUCUAAAACCAGCUGGARUUUACCUGAAAACCCCUGAACCAAUCAGCUUCCUGUCUGCAUGAACGACCCGCCCACCAGAACAAACACCUUCCUGGACCAGAGGGUUCAUUCAGGRAUCAGACCAUGAUCUUCUUCUUCUUCAGUCUCUGCUCUGUUCUCCUGUAAACACUACGCCACACGUGGGAAAACACUAAACGCAGCAGAUCUGAAGAGGACAGAGAAGCAGACUGAAACAGGAAGUCAAAGUGCCAAAACGCCACGUUUCUCUCCGUCCUGACUCUGGGUUCAACAUGACGCCUUAAAGAACCCGGCUCUGAAACUCUGCUCUGCUCUGAUGCUUCACUCAAACUGUAUUUAUUCAUCAUUUCCUCCAAGGAACAAAUCAGUUCUUCUCCCUAAAAGGAGCUCAAAACACACCUGAGCAAAUAUCAAAGAACUUCACCCUACAUGAAUUUAAAAUGUGUUAUUUAAAAUAUGAGAAACUUCAGAAAACUAUAGAAGAUAUUUCUGUCAUCRGUGCAUGAUUCCAGAGCUGUCCUCGCGUCAGAAAAUAAGUUGAUGUUAAAACGUGAGAUUUGAAGAGAAACAGCAGCUGCAGUGGGUUUAUUGGCCCCUGGGGGCAGCAGAGACACAUAAAAACACAACUGUGCAGAAAUAAUGACAGUUUACAGAAGCAGGUAAAUUAUUAUGUUUACAUGCAAGAAGUUAGUUUUUUUCUCUCUAAGCUCAUAGUGGAGCUGUUGUUACCUUUUAGCUGCUAACUUUUAUAAAAGCUGCUUUCUGCAAAAAUGAACCUAAAACAAGUUGAAGAUUUCCACAGAAUUAUUUCAUAUAAAGAAGAAUUUGAUUCAGAUAUUGGUGCUAAUUUUUAUAAAACUGAGUUUUUAAACCUUUCAGCUUCAUAACUUUACUGUGACUCAAAUAAAAAUGAUUACUUUAAUAUUAAAGAAGAAACAUUUAAAGUUUUCAGAGUUUUGUUUCUGCUGCCCUCUAGUGGUCAAACCAAACGUCCCUGCAAGUGUUCGGUGUUUCUGAUGCAUGUCUCCUGACCACCAUGUGCCUGUCUGAACCUGAAACCUGUUGAUCUUUGUGGAAGUGGGACUUGUUCUGCUUUUAUUUUAUUUCCUCCUCUACCUCUCUGUGUCUCUACUUCUUCUCAGAAACAGUUUUUUUUCUCUGAGCUGCAGAAGCUCAGAUCUCUUCUGUUUCUCUGUGAAAAAGCACAUUUUGCACAAAGUUUUUUUUUUGUUUUUUUGCGGCCUCGUCCUGAAGAUGAUCUACAGAAUCACUGCAUGUGUUGCUCUAAAGUUACUGAAAAAAUAAAACUUAUUAACAUGAA